AUGUCUUUGUUACUACUACUUUUUGGUUUUUGUUUAGUGGUAAAUGCGAAUUGUUAUAAUUAUUAUGGAAAUUCAAGACAAUUUGAAAAAGUUGGAAAGCAGAUUAUGUGGGUUUUAAUUAUAAUUUAUACCUCGAGCUUUAACACUUUAUGAGAAAAUCCAAGAUUUUAGCUUUAUUCAGCAGGGAUACCUUUUGUCUUUGAUUUAGUUCUAGCCCAAGCCUCUAGACUCAAACAUAGCUUAUCUCUAGAUAGCUCUGAAAAAUUCAAUUGAAAUUUUUAGACUUUCAACGCAGUAUGGAAAUACAACCUACAACGCUUGGAAAAAAGCGAAUAGCAAACAUAGCACAAAUAACACCAACGUUGGAGAUUUCCGAACACAACUUCGACGAAGUUUAGGUUUGACAUCUAUUUUGAGCUUUUUUUGAGUGAUCAAAGUAAUUACUUAUAGAGAACACGCCGGUUUUCAACAACGCAACAUUUAUGCAAGAAUUAAUCGAGGAGAGACAAACUUUUUUGGACAAAUUGAACUCAGGUUUUCUUUUUUGUUGGGUCGUAAAAAUUAAAAAAAAAAGUUUGUAGGAAAGUUCAUAAAUGAUCAAAGAAGGCUAGUAGACGAAUUGCUGGACACAGAUUAUUAUGAGAAAACUGUUCAUCCAAGAAGAGACCAUAAUAAACCGACGAGGGUUAAUUUGAGCAUGAGUCUUUAUCAGAUUCUUGAUGUGGUGAGUUUGAAAAAAUUCUCUCCAUUUCUCAAAAAAUUUCCUAACAAGUUCAUCUUCUAAUCUUUCUGAUUCAGGAUGAGCAUAUGCAAAGUAUAAAAGUGAAUGUUUGGAUGGUCCAAGAAUGGUAUGAUGAGUUCCUAGACUGGAAUCCAUUAGAUUACGGUAUGAUAAAUCGAACAAUUGUGCCUUAUGACCAAAUCUGGAUUCCCGACACAUUUUUAUAUAAUAGCGAAGAAUUGGAGCAGAAAAAAACAGAAUCUCUAAUGAACGCGCAAUUAACAACUGGUCAUUGGGUGAAUGAUUCAAAAGGUGCACGAGUUCAAUUAUUGUUCCCAGCCAUAUAUAAAAUGAGUUGUCGAAUGGAUGUUCGAUGGUUUCCAUACGAUGUUCAAAAUUGCACUUUUAUUAUUUCAAGUUGGACGCAUAGCAAAGAAACAAUUGAUUAUUGGCCAAGUUUACCAUCUGUGAAUUUGCAAAAUAUGGCAAAAAAUGAUGAGUGGCGUGUUGAAAGUUUCGAUUUUUAUCGUGUCGAAGUGCCAUUCAGUUGUUGUAAACAACCAUGGACAAUGUUAUAUGCACAUCUAAUAAUUCGAAGAAAACCAUUAUAUUAUAUGAUUAAUUUAGUGAUUCCAACAAGUAUUAUCACAAUUGUUGCUGUCACCGGAUUCUUCACACCAACAUCUUCAUCAAGUGAACGAGAUGAAAAACUGUAUGAUUGUUAUAGGUGAAACGGUAGAUCAAUUUCUUAUUCUUUCAGAUACCUCGGUAUUAAUACACUGUUAACAAUGUCAGUUAUGAUGUUGAUGGUUUGUAAUCAAAUGCCAUCUACAAGUACAUAUGUUCCUUUAAUGAGUUGGUAUUAUAUUGGAAUUAUUUUUGUUAUUGUGGUUGGAACUUUCCUCGCAACAAUUGUAUUGGGUAAGAGAUCUAGCAAACAUGUCCUUCAACAAUUCUCAAAAGUUCCAAACAAAAAUUCAAAUACCCAGCUAACACAGAUAACUUUGUUGGCGCGUUUUGUGUGCACUGUUUAUUAGCUCUAAAUUUUCAGCAAUCCACGGUCAAAAACACUACAACGAACCGAUUCCUGAUCUAAUCCGAAAACUCAUUUAUAACCCAUUCGUCGAGUUUUUCAUCUUGAGUCCUCCAACAAGUCUUCUCGAUCUUUGGACAGAAUUUGGUGUUAUAAAUGAAAGAAGACAUUCAAUGAGUUUGGAUCCACUUCUAGUUCAACAUUUAGAACCAAUUUCCGUAUGUUUCACCGUUUACUUUUCGUUAGAACUAUAUUGUGCUUUUUUGGAAUUUUUAUUUUUGAAUUCAUUUUCAAUUUUCAAUAGAGAUAUAGUAGAUUAGUCGUGUGCUUUACAGUUUCAAACACCGGGACCACAAGCAUUUUUUGGUUCAAUAUCUUCUCGAAUGGGUGAUAUGGGAGGAUCAUAUAUGUAUACAGCAAGAUUGGCAACUAUCACAAGACAAUAUACACAACAUGUAAGAUGCUUAUUUUUUGUUUUUUUUAUUUCAAAGCGUGUUUUUUUCGGAGUUUGUAGGUGUGAAAUUCAAGAAUUUGAAGGAGAAGUAAGGCGAGAGAUCAAACAAAGUUAGGGUAACUUUGGAAUCGUGAAACACUCACAAUUUUUUGAAAAUCAAAAUUGCCCUAUGAUUUCUCGUCUCAACUAUUUACAAGAGAAACUUAAAAUUUUCAGACAAAAAUGCGAGAACGACGGAAAGUUCAAUCACAACUGAAUAUGGAUACGAGUCAAGCGAGAAGUGUAAAGAAACAAAAGUUGCAAAGACGGUGAGUAAUAUAUACUUGUCUACUGUAGCCUUAGCUGGGACUAGAUAUAAAAAUUAUUUCUGAGAUAUCUAUGUUACUAUUACCAAUAUCUAAACCGGGAUUUCCAGUGUUUGCUUAGAAUGGGAAUUUUUGGCGAAUGUUCUCGAUCGAAUUCUUCUCACAAUAUUUUGUGGAUUCACCAUCGGUGUUUUUGUGAUUCUCGUCGGCUUCGACACAUUUUUCAGUGUUCCAAAUUCAGCUGCCGCCAAUCGCACCAUCUUCUAA